UGACACUGCGUUUCGGGGUCAUCAACAUGUUUUGCCCCCCCUAAACUCCGCCUAUGUGGUGGGUGGACGUCAUGCCAUUAAUGUGGUUAUUUAUUUCUGUUACAAAACUAAUAGCCACUUGCCUUUUUAGGUGUUAAAUAAUUAAUAAAAAAAUAAAUUCUUCGUUGUAUAAAGAGCUAUUUUCGUAUACGAUUGGCAUCAAGCCUUCAAUUGGGUCAAUAUGUCGACGUCACUGCAAUUUAGGGCUCGUCUCUCAAGAGAAGGGAAAUUCCAACGCAAGUAAUUCACGAGGGUGUUUUAUAAAUUCACAUUUAGAACUUUUAUAUAUAUUAUAAAAGUAUAAAAUGAUUUUAAAAUGUCAUAAUGAGCUUCAAGUAAUUUUAAUGCCACUGUAAGAUCGCUGUGAAACCCCAACAGCUUUUUGGAAACGGUCCCUGACGUCAUUGUUGCGGAAGUGAAAAGUCGACGUGGGGAAUAAAGGUUGGUCGAACCGUGUUUGAGUUGAUUUCAUGCACUCCACGCGUAUAUCCAAUCCGUUUUAACUCCGUGGCCGUUUAAAAGGAGCUACUAAAAAAGCGACUUAAAGCAAAUGGACGUGCCGAACCGCCGUCCAGGCGGAUAAAACACAAUGGGACGAAGAGGAGCCGCUGACCGGCUGUAAUGCUGCGGCGAGCGCGGCUGGGUCUCCGGCAGGUGCUGAGUCUGAUGGCCCGGAGACCGGCUCUUCUGUGUGGGGCCAUCGUGCUCGGAGUUCUGCUAGUACUGGCCGUUAAAUUCACAUGCAGUCGUGCUAAGGACGUGGUGGCAGCAGCUAAACCACCACUACGCUUCUUCUCCCCCGACUCCCCUGUAGUGGACCUCUAUUUGGGUCAACUUGACCAGAUUGAGCGUCUCAGGAGUGUGGCUGAGGUGUCUUUUGUUUUCUUCUACGCGCCUUGGUGCGCCCACUCCAUCGCUGCCAGACAAGAAGUCCAGCUGGUAGCCAAAAAACUGGCUAAACAGGUGUUGUUUGUGGCCAUAAACUGUUGGUGGAGUCAAGGGAGGUGCAGGAGGCUUAAUCGCUUCCACCAAUAUCCCACCAUCCACCUCUUUUAUCGACGAUUCGGGCCUAUCGAGUACAAAGGUCCAUUCGUGGCAGCGUACGUGGAAAGUUUCAUCCUUCGAGUGAUCACGCCGCUCACGUAUCUCCCAUCAAGAGAUGCACUGCAGGAGUUCCUCUCCUGUCACGAGCCGCGGGUGGUAGGCUUCUUCCAGUUUAACACUUCGCCUCAGCCGCCUGGCUACGUCACGUAUUUGACCUCGGCGCUGCAGGCCCUAAAGAGAGAUUUCCAUGGCGUCAUCCGGUUCGGGGUGGUCACCAAUAGACAGGUAGCGGAUGCCAUCUUACUCGAAGAGGAUGAAAGCGUCUACCUUCACAGAAGAUUUAACUCUUCUUUGAUUUUCCCACGUUGGGAGCGCAACUUUACCUCCCGCGCUGUAUGCAGCUGGGUGUUCGAGCACCACGAAAACGUUCUGCAUUGGUUGCAGCCACCAGGGACUAAGUCACGCCUGCUGGAGAAGGAACUGAACAAGGGGGCGGCACUGUUGCUUUUCCUGCCGCACAAUCCCCUCGUCUCGGAGCCACAUGGCCUCCUGCAGCAGGUCGCAGACGUGGCUUUACGUUAUCACACCUGCGACGCCCACAACAAACACUCGACAUCCGUUUCGGGGUGUUGCCACUCCGUGCCCAUGCCCGACUCCAACCUGCGGUGCGAGGUCUGCUCGUUGGCACGUUGUGCGACGCCACCGUCCGCACGCAAACGCUGCUGCCUUCACCUCCACUGUAGCAGUUUCCUGCUCAACUACAACCAACUGAGCCAACACAGUGCCUGCUGCUGGAAACUCCGUCCUCAGCUUGACAACACACAAACCAAAGAGGCCUGUCUGCAAAACUCCUCGUCAUUGCCUGACGGACUUAAAGGGCUUCGCUGUCAGACAAACAAAACGCUCAGGUUCUACGUGCUGGACAUGGACCUCAACUGGCCACUUGCAGUGAGGCUGGGGGCACCGAAAAACGGAAACUCCUCUUGGCAGCAAAGCUGGAAAGCGCAAGUGCAAGGUGACGGUUCCUUCGCAGCCAUCGUGAAUCUGAAGGAUGAGGUGCAUUACGUACUUCAGCGCAACCCCGCCGCCACUCUCAUUGAGUCUUUAGAGGCUUUCAUUAGGAACUUCAGCGCCCCCUACAGCUUCCUGCAAAGACACUUAGUAGGUGAGGACCCACAAGAGCGUCAAACCACAAGUCCUAACCUACAACCGGAGAUUCCCCAACCGCUUAUCACAGAGCUAACCACAUCCUCGUUCCUGCCUUGUGUUAUGGAUCUUGAAAAGGAUGUUCUGCUUUUUUACUACACGCAGUGGUGCGGCUUCUGUUCCGUCCUUAACCACGUCCUCAUCCAGUUGGCUCGAUUGAUGCAGCGUGACACUAGCGUCACUGUCGCCAGGGUGAAUGUUGCACGUAACGACCUCCCGUGGGAGUUCAUGGUGGAUCGUGUUCCCACCAUUCUUUUCUUCCCACGAUACAGAAAACAACUUAGCGUGAAAUUUCCGGACAAUCUUCCCAUCACUCUUCCGAACCUCCUCCGCUUCAUCCUCAAGCAUUCCGGUUCACCUCCCGAUAUGACGGACGCUCCGGGACGAAGUGGCGGCGGCGCCGUCCUCCGCGCCGAGCUGGAAAGUCUCCAGCGCGAGGUAUGGAUGUUACACCACGCUCGCGAGCUGCUUUCCCAGCAACUGGCGCAGCUUUGGCGCGACAAUAGACAGCUGCGCUCGGACGCUCGCGGAUUAGCGGCGCAGAACGCCGAGCUGCUUAAGGAGCGCCGCGACCUGGAGGAACAGCGGCGGGAAAAGAGCCGGCAGCUGGGCGAGGCGCUGCGGCGGCUGCGGGAGCUGGCCGACGCCUCUGAGAACCUGCUCAAUCAAAACGCGCUGCUUAAAAUCGUUCUCAAGGCCUUGAGGGAAAGCGCCGAAGCCCAAGUGGCAGAAAAAGGUGAACCGGAGGAGGCGGAAAAGGAUGGAAGCCAUUUAGCCUCCUGACGGUCGCUAUGGAAUACUUGAAGGGACUAGUCACCUGUCUGUUAAGUAAAAGACUUUCUCUGACAAAUGUGGUACCUUGACUUAGGAGUGCAACCAAUGUCUGAGUUCUCACGGGGGAAAAAAAAAAAAAGAACUUUAACAUUUUAAUUCGCCAAUUUCACUGGCGAAACUUAAUUAAACAAGUCAAUGCUCCGACUUUAAUAUUAACUUGAUAUCGACAUCGAUUUUUCCAUUUUUGGCUUCGGGCCAAUUAGGGCUGCUGCUAUCGAUUAUUUUAGUAGUCGAUUAAUUGAUGAACUAGUUAGUUCGAAUUCACGAGUAAACAUGAGCUCAGUUUUUAUUUGAGCUAAUGUUUGUCUUAACUGGGAGCAGCUGGAUUCAGCCAUAUAAAAUGAGUUGUCAUAUUCACUGUUCCCACUAGAGGGCAGUGUAUCCACCCAAAUCAGUAAAACUAAAUGCAAACACUUUCAAAACAUAAUUGCAACGCUACUUGAAUUAAACGAAUACUCGAAGCAGCAAUUUUUUUUUCUAAUAGUAAUACUCAAGUUAAUCGAUUAAUUGUUGCAGCACGAGGGCCAAUAUGCACGUCGCCUGCAAUGCGAAUGUAGACGAAUCUGCAUAUAUAUACAAGGGCUGAUCACCGUUAACACGGCAGCAUCAGAAAUCCCUGAACCAGGGCCGUGUAGAGACCGAUGGAGAGGGGCAGAUGCUCAUAGAUCAAAAGGGGCUCAUGAACAAAAAUUUAAUACACCUUACAACAACAUAACUUCCAGUUUAACCAGCUUUACAUUAUAAUUGGCUGUGGCUGUGACAGACUUUAACUGGGAAGCGGGAACAAUGAAAAUAAAUCAACACUUUCUGGCUGUGACCCAGUCAAUCUUUGCCUCUUUCUUCCUUCAUUCUCCAUAUCAAAACUUCCUUAAUCAACUUGUUGUUCAUCUCAGAACAAACCAAAUUAGAUGUUCACUGAGCCACCACAGUCUUUUCAAAACUAUCAUUUCAUUAUUAGAGAACAUAAGAGAUGUGUACCUUUCUAGAUAAAGUUGUGAAGAGAAUUGACAAAUAUGGUUGCCUAUAGAGAGUAGAGACACAUGGAUCGAAAAAGCCUUGGAGCGGGGGGAUGUAAUUAUUAAAGUAGAAAACUGAGAGAAAAUUACAUUUUAUUAUUUUUUAAAAUCCCCACAAUAAACCUGUUGUAAGAAUUUUCAUUAUAGUAUUUGCUCGAACAAGGUUUCAUAGGGUAACGCCGUUUGUUUUCAACCACCAGAUGUCCUCAGACUCCUCACCACACACCCAGGUCACAGAGAAUCUGCGCGCAAGGGGGGUUGGGGGUUAUGUGCCGGCUUAGUGGCACACAGGCUGCUUUUAAAAUUUUUUUUUGUUUGUAAAGGUGUUUUCGGUGUUCAAGUAAAGUACUCGGUGGUGUGCCUGCACAGUCAGCCAGCACACACUUACGCACAAAAAAAAAGCCCAGUCAAAAGGGGCACUUGCGGCAUGUAGGGGCCAGUGUUGUUAAUAACGGCGUUAUUUUUUUCAGUAGUGAGUAAUCUAAUUAAUUACUUUUCUCAUCUUGGCAACGCCGUUACUGUUACUGAGGCGGGAAAGACGCGCGUUACUCUGCGUUACUAAGUUGGUUGAAUGAAAAAAGUCCAAGAGAGACUGACUCACGGAGACGAGAGAGCAGAGCAGGAGUGGGGAAGACGCCGUUGCAAAUGCGAUGCUAGGUGGCUCCAAUAAUACCUGACUAUAGCCGAUAGCCAACAAACUACGCCCACAUGAUACGGUAGAUAUCACAUAUUAUAGAACUAGAUGCAAAUGACAGAUGAAUUUUCCAGGUUCGCGGUAAAUCAGUAACAGGCACACUUGCUCAAUAGACAAUGUUUAUUGAUUAGAAAAUGCAGAAUAAAUGUGAUUUAUUGAUUGCAAUCCCACAAGAGAAAGCAACAAGCAUCAAAAACAAGCAUAAAAAAGGUAACGAUGACGCUAGAUUUGAGUUUGUCAAUCCCAGAAUCCCUGCGCUACGUUACAGCACAAGGUGUCCCUUAGCAAUGAAAAUCGCUUACCGUGACAAAUGAGCGGGAGCCAACGCUCCGGUAAGGCGGCAAAGGAACAAAGCCAGGCGAUCCGUAUGUGACCCGCUGACGGACUUCACUGGUCGCCCGGAAAUGCCCGGUUUUUGUAGGAACGCGUCACACAGGGGCGGAGACGGCCAACCUCCACUCCCAGGCGGCGCGGCCCCGUCCAAUGACAAAGCUACUUUUGGUUCAGCCCCUCGAAAAAUGGGCUUUUCUUUGCGUGGUUCCCAGGUUGCGCCGUCCGGUAGCAGAUGUUGUGUUCCCACGGUAAAUAUUAUGAGUGCAAAACAAGUUAUCUCGUGAGAUUCCCUCCUAACUAUGGAACCCAGGCGUGUCAAAACAAGUUAUCUCGUGAGAUUCCCUCCUAACUAUGUGACUAUGGUGCAAAACAAGUUAUCUCGUGAGAUUCCUCCUAACUAUGUAACUCAAGGUAAAAAACAAUAGAAGUUGUUACAAUCUAGGUCACAGAAGUAAUCAUACGUCACAAAGGCAUAAUGUAAUAUUUUCCCCCAUCACACGGCUGCAUUGGCAACAUGUUUUAAGGACUACAUGCGUUAGUAAACAGCCGCCAUCUUAAAGCAGUAGACUUCUCAGGAAGGCUCUGUUGUAGAGAUCCUUCCUAGCGAACCCAAGUAACUUUUUAUCUUAAAAGCUCCUAAAUCAGCAAAAUCUUGACUUAAAUCUAUCUUUAAAUGAUGAAACAGUUUUAAAACAUACACAUGUUGAAAGUAGACUGAAGGGAACUAAUGCAAUAACGGGAGCAAUUUUAACAACUUUAACGGUUGAUUCACAACUUUAUUUGGUUAUUAUCGAUUUAAUUAAUAGUGUUAUUAUUAAUUAUAUUAUUAAUAGUGUUGUUAUUAUUUAUUAUAUUAUAAUUUAUUAUUAGGGCUGUCAAACGAUUAAAAUUUUUAAGAGUUAAUCACAGCUUAAAAAUGAAUUAAUCGUAAUUGCAAUUCAAACCAUCUAUAAAAUAUGCCAUAUUUUUCUGUAAAUUAUUGUUGGAAUGGAAAGAUAAGACGGAUAUGUAUAUUCAACAGAGUGCAUAAGUACUGUAUUUAUUAUAACAAUAAAUCAACAAGAUGGCAAUAACAUUCACUGUUUAAAGCGAUCCGUGGAUAGAAAGACUUGUAGUUCUUAAAAGAUAAAUGUUAGUACAAGUUAUAGUAGAAAUUGUAUAUUAAAACCCCUCUUAAUGUUUUCGUUUUAAUAAAAUUUGUAAAACUUUCAAUCAAAAAAUAAACUAGUAGCUCGCCAUUGUUGAUGUCAAUGAUUGCACAAUGGUGCUGAAACCCAUAAAAUCAGUCGCACCCAAGCGCCAGCAGAGGGCGACAAAACACCCAAAAACACAAGUAACAAGUGCACAUGACACUGUGCUGUCACUUUAAUCUGUUUGAGCGGGGCAUGUGCGUUAAAUGCGUCAAAUAUUUUAACGUGAUUAAUUUAAAAAAAUUAAUUACCGCCCGUUAACGUGAUAAUUUUGACAGCCCUAUAUAUUAUAUUGUUAUUAUUAUUUUUUUUAUUUUAUUUACUUUUGUUCCGUGAAGAAUCCAGAAAGGGUUAUUUGAUUGUGGCUUUCUGAAAAACAAUACAUUUUUACAUUUAGGCUCUCCUGCAAUCGUCACUCAUUUUCUGUUGCAAACUGACGCCGGCCCCUCAUCAGAGAAGGGAAAAGUUAUGUGGCCCUCACAGGAAAAUGUUUGGGGACCCCUGGCCUAGCCCUACUUCAAACUACUUAAACUGAAGUCUUAUUUACACACUUAAAAUUUUGAGUUCUAAGCAUCAACUUGUUUAAUUGUGAUUUCCUUACCAAAAAAGCCAGUAAAAUUAGUUGAAAUUUCAGGUAAACUUUUUUUUUUUUUGGUGGGUGUGGGGGUUAAAACGGCAUCUAAUCAGAGUAAAUUCAUGCAAUCAGCCGAAAGAAAUGAUGUACUGUAGACCAAAGCUUAGAGAUUCUUACUCUUGUAAACAAAUUAUAAAAUCUCGAUUCGUGAUUACUCAGAAUUAACAGUGAAUGCUAGCACAAAAUUUUCUGGUCUUUCUCGCUUAUUGACGAACUCGCUACGGUUAAUUGAAUGCGAUUAAUCACACUUUUGCGCUUCAGGGCUUUUGUAAAAUAAUGACAUAAUAUACAGACAUGUUUUCCUGCUCCCAAUUGUUUUACAAUUUCUCAUUAUGGUUUCCUUACAAAAGUUGACUAUCGGCAAGAAAGUUGGUUAUCUGAAAUUAACUCCUAAGUCAAGGUACCACUUUAGCUGGACAAGAUCUUUCAGACAAGGUGGUCUUAUUCGAACGACUAAAAACAGCCAAUGUGAACUUGACGUUGACUUCCUGAGACUUAUUUUUUAUGGCUCUACUUAUGAUAGACGUGCCUGCCAAAUUUCACGUCGAGAAGUGAAAUUGGCUUCAGUGUCAACAUGCUUCUAAUAAGCUAACUACGGGGAAAACGUGUAGACAUUCCAAUCAUCUUUAAUUAAAAUCCAAACUGCUUACAUAACGGGGGGGGGGGGGUUAUAAUUUUACACAGGUGCCAUUGUCUUUCCAAUUUGGCAGGCAUGAGCGUUCAACUACUACGUAGCCCCUAAAGGGACAUUGACGGAAAUAAAAUAGAUUUGAACAAUCUGGUGCGCACCAAAAACUACUUGGUGCGCACUAAAUAGUAUGUGUUGCGCACCAGAUAGUGUGUGGUGUGCACUAGAAACUAGUGCGCACUCAAAACUGGUGCGAGCUAGAAACUAUAGUGCGCACCAGAUGGUAUGUGGUGUGCACUAGAAACUAGUGCACACUUGAAACUAGUGCACCAAAAACUACUUGGUGCGCACUAAAUAGUAUGUGUUGCACACUAGAUAGUAUGUGGUGUAAACCGGAUAGUAUGUGCCCACUAGAAACUGUUUCUGGUGCGCACUAGAUUGUAUGUGAUGCACACCAGAAACUAUCUGGUGCGAACUACAAACUAUCUGGUGCGCACCAGAUAGUAUGUGGUGCCCACUAGAAACUGUGUUUCUGGUGUGCACCACCGGUGCGCACUAGAUUGUAUGUGGUGCACACCAGAAACAAUUUGUUGCGCACCAGAUAGUAUGUGGUGCCGACUAGAAACUAUGUGAUGCACACCAGAAGCAAUUUGGUGCGUGCUAGAUAGUUUCUGUUGGACACUAGAAACUAUAUGGUGCGCAUCUGAAACAAUCUGGUGCACACCAGAUAGUAUGUGGUGCCCACUAGAAACUAUGUGGUGCACACCAUAUAGUAUGUCAUGCAUAGCAGAAACUGUGGUGCACACUUGGAACUGUUUUGUUGCGCACCAGAUAGUAUGUGGUGCCCACUAGAAACUAUGUGUUGCACACCCGAAACGAUCUGGUGCGCACCAGAUAGUAUGUGGUGCUCACUAGAAUCUAUGUGGUGCACACCAGAAACAAUCUGGUGCGCACCAUAUAGUAUGUGGUGCAUAACAGAAACUAUGUGGUGCCCAUUAGAAACUACUAGUAUGUGGUGCCCAUUAGAAACAAUCUGGUGCCAAUUAGAAACAAUCCGGUGCCCAUUAGAAACAAUCCGGUGCACACCAGAAACAAUCUGGUGUGCACCAUAUAGGAUAUGGUGCAUAGCAGAAACUAUGUGGUGCCCAUUAGAAACUACUAGUAUGUGGUGCCCAUUAGAAACAAUCUGGUGCACACCAGAAACAAUCUGGUGCGCACCAUAUAGUAUGUGGUGCACACUAGAAACUAAAGUUCUCUUUUAUAGUCCACAAACUGCAGGUCGCGCAUCAGACACCAGCAGUUUCAGCUUGCUAAAAAUUAUAAUAUGGGAUUUAGUUGCGCUUUACUUCAAUCUUGGACUCAAUUAUAAAGAUGUAACUACAUUACUUGCUCAUCAUCACCAUUACAUUGUCUCGGAACCACUAGAAGCAAUCUAGUGUGCACCAGUUGGUUCUAGUGCGCACCACAGUGCACCAGAUUGUUGAUUUUAUUUCUGUCUGUCCUUAGGCGCUCUGUAAACAACGGCCAUGUCCUGUGAAAUUAGCACUUAAUCUUGUCUGCAUAACAAUAACUGAACACUAUGUGUAAGUUAUUUAAUUUUACAACUACAAAGUCUUAAAGUCGGAGUAUCAGAUGUUCGGACUGAAAUGUUUUUCUUGUGGAAUUAAACUUUCUGAGUGGUACAGAAUACUGUCCUCUGAGCAUUACUGUCAAACGAAAAUUUAAAAUGUAAAAACUAGUGAUGCACGAUAAUACAUUUUUCAACCGAUAUCGAUAACCGAUAAUUUCCUGCCCCUUCCACCCGAUAACCGAUAAUGUCACGCCGAUAAUUCUAUUCAAAUAUUUAUGUAAAAUUUAAAAGUAUACAAAGAUCAAAUGUUACUGUUCAAAAAUGUAAUUUAGUGCUAUUUUUUUCCACAUCAAAUGUGAACAAGUAGUAAAUUCCAACAACUAAACAAUGGCAAUGACGUUGUGUAAUGGUAAGCUUUUGGCAACAAUUACUUAGAGAGUAAACACCCAAGUUGCACAAAAAUGCCUUUAAAAGUAAGCCAUUCCUAACAUAUAUCACAUUACUACACUGCAAAAACACCUCCUUAAAACUAGCAGAAUUGGACAAAACUGUUGAUUGCGCACAUUUAGAGGCUAAAUCAAGUAUAUAAUUAUUGGAUUGCAUUAUCGGUUGAAUUUCGUUUUAUCUGGAUUAUCUGUCUAUGACGUCAUAAUUGCCAUUAUCGGCCGAUAAUUAUCGGUGACCGAUAUUAUCGUGCAUCUCUAGUAAAAACAUAGAAAGUAUUACAAUACCAACGACUACUUUUCUUACUUGCUUGGUGGUUUGCAUUUGUAUGCAAUGUUAACAAUGGAAGGAUUUUUGUUUUCCAAAGAUGAUCCAAACUAUUUUUACACUUAAAAUCACUAAACUGUUAUUUAACUAUUCAGGUAAUGAGAUGCUGCAAUUGUUGGUGUGGAAUAUUGACUUUUUUUCCCUUUUUUUUUUAACAGAAUAAAGAAGUUUUUUGCCUUUGC